AUGGGGACAUCGGAGGUUGGAUUAGAAGCAGGAGUGGAAGAAGAAGAGAGAGAUGAUUUUGUGGAUGGCGCGGUUGACUACAGAGGUGGAAGCGCCAUCAGAUCCAAAUCUGGCUCCUGGAGAUCUGCUUCCUUAAUCAUAGGCGUUGAAGUGGCGGAGAGAAUUGCAUAUUACGGGAUCCUGGGGAACCUAAUAUCCUAUCUCACAGGGCCUCUCCACCAGACCACGGCCACCGCGGCGGAGAACGUGAAUAUCUGGUCAGGAACUUCUUUCUUGCUUCCUCUGCUUGGGGCUUUCCUUGCCGAUUCUUUUCUCGGCCGCUACCGCACUAUCAUUCUCGCUUCCUUCAUCUACAUCUUGGUUGGGCUGGUAGAGGGUAUAUUCCACUAUUCAUGCAUCCAUUAUUACUACCCUCGCAUUUCUCUCAUUUUAGGAGGGUUCAAAUACCUCAAACUCCACUACGUCUGUAAGGUGGACAUAAGCCCUGUGUUCAGGCUUUUGGAGCAGAUCAAUUCGAUGAACAACAUCCAAAGGAGCACAGAGAUAGAAGCUCAUUCUUUAAUUGGUGGUAUUUUUUCGAUGUUUGCAGGUUGCAUGGCAACUCUUUGGAUCUUAAACUACAUACAAGACAACCUUAGUUGGGUUCUUGGAUUUGGAAUUCCUUGUGUUGCCAUGAUUAUUGCAUUGGUUGUUUUCUUGCUAGGAACAAUGACCUACAGGUUUAACAUUCAGCAGCAAGAAAAAAGCCCCUUUCUCAGAAUUGGCCGCGUAUUUGUUGCUGCUAUAAGAAAUCGAAGAACCACCCAUUCAAACACAGCUGUCAAAGCAGAACGUGAUGGACUACUUCCUCAUAAAAGUUCUGAACAAUUCGAGUUCCUUAACAAAGCGUUGCUAGUGCCAAAGGACGAGGAUUUCAUAGAAGAGGAGAGUUGUAGCCCAAGUGAGGUAGAAGAAGCUAAAGCAGUACUGAGGCUGGUUCCCAUUUGGGCUACAACUCUGGUUUAUGCUGUGGUGUUUGCUCAAGUUCCAACAUUCUUUACUAAGCAAGGGGUUACUUUGGACAGAACAAUAUUACCCGGCUUUGACAUACCUGCUGCUUCUCUUCAAUCGCUUGAGAAUGUGGCCGUUGUUCUCUUCAGUCCCAUCUAUGACCGCCUAUUUGUGCCAAUGGCAAGAGGUAUCACCGGCAAACGCUCAGGCAUCUCCAUGCUCCAAAGAAUUGGGACCGGAAUUUUUAUAUCCAUAGUUACUGUAGUAUUUGCUGCCGUUAUUGAGACCAAGAGAUUGAAAACAGCUCAAGAGUCUGGUGUUGUUGAUGAACCGAAUGCAACUGUUCCGAUGAGUAUAUGGUGGUUGAUUCCCCAAUAUAUGCUGUUCGGAGUCUCUGAAGUUUUUACCAUGGUUGGUCUGCAGGAAUUUUUCUAUGACCAGGUCCCAAAUGAACUAAGAAGCAUGGGUCUUGCUCUCUACUUGAGCAUAUUUGGUGUUGGGAACUUUAUAAGCAGCUUUCUCAUCUCUGUGAUAGAGAAAGCGACAGGCAAAGACGGACAAGAUAGUUGGUUUGCGAAUAAUUUGAACAAGGCACAUCUUGAUUACUUUUACUGGCUCCUUGCUGGACUCAGUGUCGUGGGAAUGGCUCUCUUCACUUGCUCUGCCAAAUCUUACAUUUACAAUGACAAAGGUGUUAGACGACAAUAG